CUGUGAUCUCAAAGCAAGAAUUCGGUGCCAACAGAAUCAACAUCGUGAUCGAUCAUCGUGAUUGAGCAUCGUGAUCCCUAUUCCCCUAUGCCCUACCCUACCGCAAUGUGCACCUUUAUUUCACGUGCAGAUUUCCGCCAAUUAUCCUAAACAUUCUCAUUUUUCUUCUGUCCACUGGUCAUGUUCCUUCGCUUGCUACAUUCCCCCACAUCGCCGCAUCAAGAUCCAUUGAUCCACUUCUGCCUUCCCUCUCCCUGGUACCACCGUUUUCCUUCGAGCUUUUCCUUCCAUCGAGACCACACGAUCUAGCAGACAUCCUCCAUUGAUCAAACAUGUCUUCCCCUCCCGAAGCAGACAAAAGCAAAGAGGGCCGGCUCCUUCUCGUCUCCAAUCGCCUCCCCGUCACCAUUAAGCGUUCGGAGGACGGGAAAUAUGACACCUCCAUGUCAAGCGGAGGCCUAGUCAGCGGUCUGAGCGGACUAUCCAAGACGACCACCUUCCAAUGGUAUGGAUGGCCGGGAUUGGAAGUGCCGGAGAAUGAAAUCGGGGCCCUCUCGCAGCGGUUGAAGGAGGAGUACGGCGCCAUCCCGAUCAUGCUCGAAGAUGAACUGGCCGACCGACACUAUAAUGGCUUUUCAAAUUCGAUCCUAUGGCCCCUCUUCCACUAUCAUCCCGGAGAAAUGACCUUCGACGAGGAUGCUUGGAAUGCCUAUAGCGAAGCCAACCGCCUCUUCGCGAAAGCCAUUGCAAAGGACGUCAAUGAUAACGACCUGGUCUGGGUGCAUGACUACCACCUAAUGCUCUUACCAGCAAUGCUGCGCGAGGAGAUCGGCGACACCAAGAAGAACGUGAAAAUCGGCUUCUUCUUGCAUACGCCAUUCCCCAGUAGCGAAAUCUACCGCAUCCUGCCCGUUCGAAACGAAAUCCUCCUAGGCGUUCUCCAUUGCGACCUGAUCGGCUUUCAUACCUACGAAUACGCUCGCCAUUUCCUUAGCAGCUGCUCGAGAAUCCUUGGGCUACCGACCACUCCAAAUGGGGUGGAAUUCGAUGGGCGAGUGGUCACCAUCGGCGCAUUCCCCAUCGGCAUCGAUCCGGAGAAGUUUGAGGAAGGCCUCAAGAAGCCCAAAGUACAAGAGCGAAUCGCAACGCUGGAACGCAAAUUCCAAGGCGUCAAACUCAUCGUCGGCGUCGAUCGCUUGGAUUAUAUCAAAGGCGUACCACAAAAGCUCCAUGCUCUCGAGGUGUUCCUGACCGAGCAUCCGGAAUGGAUCGGCAAAGUCGUCCUUGUCCAGGUAGCGGUUCCGAGUCGGCAAGAUGUCGAAGAAUAUCAGAACCUACGAGCCGUGGUGAACGAACUGGUUGGAAGAAUCAACGGCAAAUUCGGCACGAUCGAAUUCAUGCCCAUACAUUUCAUGCAUAAAUCCGUUUCGUUCGAUGAACUCAUCGCCCUGUACGCCGUUUCCGAUGUCUGCCUUGUCUCUUCCACCCGCGACGGCAUGAACUUGGUCUCCUACGAAUACAUUGCCGCCCAGCAAAAUCGACAUGGUGUCAUGAUCCUCUCGGAGUUCACCGGUGCGGCCCAGAGCCUGAAUGGAAGCAUCGUCGUUAACCCCUGGAACACCGAGGAGCUAGCCGAUGCCAUUCACGAUGCUGUCACGAUGAGUGACGAGCAUCGGGCGGCCAAUUACGAGAAGCUCGCCCGGUAUAUCAACAAAUAUACAAGCGCUUGGUGGGGCAAGCAGUUCGUAUCGGAGCUCAACCGGGUUUCGACGCAAGCAGAGCAGAGGCUCAACAUUCGGAAACGAUCGGAGAACGCCGAUUCCGAUGCCAACGCCAACGAGUCCGAACAUACGGCGAGUGCAUGAAGACAUGCCGUUUCAAUCCCACGAGGCGCAAGGAGUAAGCAUGGGAUCCGGCGUUGGAGGCAAUGCGUAAUGAAUCAGCAUGCCAACUGUCUUAUCGGCAACGAAAAUAGACCACUGGCGAUUUUUAUUUAUACUUUGUAAAGGAAAAGAGUAUGAUGGACUAAAUUCGCCUUGGAAAGGCCUUACAUAGAAUAGUUCUUAGAACAUAACCUUUAACUUGUACCACGC